GCACACACAAUACUAAGCAGAGAAGUGAACUCAUCGAGAGUAAUUCUCCUUAUUUUCCCUGAAUAAUCCAAUUUGCUGAUCGUGUUCGUCCAAUCGGAGAAUUCUUUAAAAAACGUUUAACUCUCCUGACAUUUUUAUUCCAUUAUUAUUGCCUUUUUUUGUCUGUCUGUGUGUGUGUGCCUGGGAGAGACCUGGGCUUGCAGUUAAAGGCUUGUUCCUUGCAGCAGCAAUGUGAGGGGAUCUGCUUAGAGAGGAGAGAGCAAAGCCCCCCUCCCCACCACCCCUAACAUCAUCCAAAGCAAGCUGGUGGACCUUGGUGGGAGUCCUGACACUGUCUGACCACACAGUGGCCAUCCACCCACCUCCUGCACAAACACCCAUCCAGGGGAGGCUGCAGUCAAGAUGCCUGAUGACUCUGUAGAGAGCCAGGGGGCUACCUCCACCAAGGUAUCCUCUUUCUUCAUCGAGAAUUUAUUAGGCACAGAAUCAAAGUGCACCAAGAAGAAGACAAGCCAGGAGGAUGGACACAUUGUAGAGCAAAGUGGACUAGCUGCCAGUCCUAUCCCCUCAGUGUACUGCCAGAUCUCCCCAUUCAACUACAUCACUCACAGCAACUACCCACUCAGGGAGAACACUGUGGAAUGGUACAGGAGAGCACAAGCCACAUACAUUGGAUGUACGAGCCCUGAAACGAGCGAUAGAGAUUCCCCCGAGAUCGCAGAGAGAAAUGAGAGAUACAGUGGAUACAGAAAACAUAAAGAAGAAAAGAGAGAGGACUUUGCUUCCAAGGAAGAGGACAAGGGUGAGCAGGACUCAGACCAGAGGUCCUCUCGCAAGAAGAAGACCAGGACAGUGUUCAGCAGAAGCCAGGUCUUCCAGUUGGAGACCACCUUUGACAUGAAGAGGUAUCUGAGCAGCUCAGAGAGAGCUGGACUUGCAGCCUCUCUCCAUCUCACAGAGACACAAGUCAAAAUCUGGUUUCAGAAUAGAAGGAACAAGUGGAAAAGACAACUUGCUGCUGAUUUAGAAGCUGCCAACAUCUCCCAUACCUCACAAAGGAUAGUAAGAGUGCCAAUUCUGUACCAUGAGAACUCUGCUGCCACUUCUUUGGGGUUCAGCCUCCCCCAUAUUUCUCCUCCUCUGGUGGGAUUCUCCAAUGCAGUCAACUAUCCCCUUGCAACUUUUCCAAAUUCAGUUCCCUUUAUAAGGUCUCAAAUGACUGGACUUGUUUAAAACUUCUUAAUUAGCCUGGACUUUUUACAUCGCUUUUUUUUUUUUUUUUCUUUUUUUUUUUAUUAUUAUUAUUAUCUACAUAUCGCUAAUUCUGUUUAUUUUGAUUUUAUGCAUUUGAAUUUAAAAGGUGCAAUAACGUUUACUUGGGGUAAGCUGCAAAAUAAAAUGAAAAAAAAUAAUAACUACAAAUAAAA